UGCAGCGCGUGCAUUGUUAACAUUGAAAAUGACAGAAAUAGAAGACUUGAUCUCGGAGGUGGAAAAAAAUCCAUGUCUAUGGAACGUCGGUUGUAGUAAUUAUCAAAAUAAAACGCAAAGAGACUUGGCCUGGGAAGAGAUAUGCAAAAGAAUCAUCCCACAUUGGAAUGAUUUGAACAUGGAAGAUAAAAAGCAAAUUAGGGAAUAUAAAAAGAAACAAUGGAAUAACGUCAGAGAUGGUUACAGAAAAUAUUUGAACAGAAACAAAAAUACGCCCGUGCCAAAGAAGAAAUUCAUUUACGAGAAUGACCUUUAUUUUUUGUUACCGGUUUUACAAAACAGCAAAUCUCGCGAACGAAACCUCCCAUCGGAAUUACACGAAGACAGUUACGAAGACAAUGAAACUAUUGAAAUUGAAGUGAGACCACAAACGGAAGACGAGGAUGACGAAGACGAGAGGAAAUCGUUCAGAAAAUACGCAACUUCAGAAAGGCAGACUAAAGCUCAACAGAAAUAUACGCCCGACGAAAUACCUUAUCAAAUUUUAAACAUAACAAAACAGAAUACGGACGAUGAAGUCAGCUACCAAGAUGUGGAUUCUCAAUUCCUGCUGAGCUUCCGCGACGACAUGAAUGCGAUGUCGAGAUCUCAGAAACUGAAAUUCAAGUUAGGCAUGAUCCAAUUAAUACAACACGUAACCGAAGACCGGGUUAGUGACCCCUUCGGUGAGUGUUGAGACAUCUAAGGAUCCUUUAUUAGGCAAAAACACACCAAUACUCUCCCAA